CGAUAUUAUCAAAUUCUUGCGAAUUACCUAGCAAAGUAAUACAUAUAUUUUAUACGCAAAAUAGGUCUCGAAGUUAUGACUACUAUAAAGAGUGCCAUAUAUUACUUUGCAGAAAUAAACCAAAAAUAGCUUCGUAUUCCACAAAUUUCCAGCACGUGAACCACAAUUUAGUCUUCACUAAGUGCUCGUUGCAGGCAUAGCGGAGAGCACACAUAUUUAAAAAUUUGGACUAGCAAUGUCACCAACGAGUAUAUCAUUAAUAUUCAUUGCUUUCCUACUCGUGGGUUUUGGCGCUGCACGUGACAACGCUCGUUCACAGCUAAGUCAAAACCGCAUCAUAGGCGGCGACGAUGUAUCGAUCGUGCAUUAUGCGCAUCAGGUCUCACUGCGCCGUAAGACCUGCCAGGAAUGCGCCUAUUUGCAUCUGUGCGGCGGCAACAUACUCAACGAGGACACUGUACUGACAGCUGCUCAUUGUGUAAUCGAUCGUGAUAUUCGUAACUUCAUCGUAGUCGCAGGCACUGGCCAACGCACCGCUAGUGAUGGCACUGUUGUGCUAAUAGAAAAAAUUGUCACACACGAACGUUACAAUGCCUCCAUAACGGAUUAUGAUGUUGCUUUACUUUUUCUGGCCACGCCGUUGACAUUGGAUAGAGUGUUUACGGCAGCGGUACCAUUGGUGCAGAGCACGCCAGAGAUUGAUGCAAAGGCCACCAUCACCGGUUGGGGUACGCUCUCUGAAGGUGGCAUGGCUGCGCUGCAAUUGCAGGCUGUUAACGUGUUCGUGCUAGAUCGCGCGCAAUGCAGUGCGGCGUAUGGCGAUCGUUUCACAGCUGCUAUGCUGUGCGCCAGUGCGAAGGACGGUGGUAAGGACGCUUGCCAAAUGGAUGCGGGUGGUCCUUUAUUGGUGGAGAAUCAGUUGGCCGGCAUAAUUUCGUGGGCCAUUGGCUGUGCACGUCCCGAAAACCCAGGUGUUUACGUGAAUGUGUCGCAUGUGCGUCAGUGGAUCGAGUUAACUGUGGCUGCUAACUCGUUGUAUAAUUUUUAACGUGUGUCGGUGUAGUGUUAAAGUUAUAAAAUAAUUUUUAAUAAAGUUUUUGUUGACAUUUUUAUUUUGAAUGCAUUGUUCAGCAUGUCUAGUGAAAAAUAUAUAGUACGUAGAUAGAACUUGCUCAAAACGCAACCGUUUUUGAAUAGGAUGCUAUUUUUGGAUCAAACUUUAUCAAUGUUCGUCGUAGAGCGACCGAUAUUAGAAAGAUUUGUGAUAUGUACGUAUAUACAGAGUUCUUUCAAAACGACGCUACAAAAGUAGACCGAUAGGGGCAAGAAAUGAGGUCAUAUAUUUUCCAGCUCUUUUGACAUUUCUUUUUAGUAAGGUUUGGCAUUUCAUCAUGGAAAGCUAUACGAUCGAACAACGAGUCGAAAUUAUUAAAACAUUUUAUCGAAAUUCGGAGUCAGUAGUCUCAACUAUAAGAACGCUACGUCCAAUUUAUGGUCUUCUUAAUCAUCCUGUCAGAUCAACAACAAGCCAGUGACGGUUGAUGAACUUCUUACGAAUAUCGAACAUGAAAUUGCAGCAGUAUCGGCCGAUUUAUGCUUGAAAAUCGUCGAAAAUUGGGUUCAGCGUCUGGACUUCUGCAAGUGUGCCCGUGAGGGAUAUGCAAAAAUGAUGGUAUCGAAUGUACUUUGUUUUGGACCCAAUUGUUCGCAUCUUCUUUGUUAUUCGCAUUCGGAAUCCUUCUUCUCUUUCAUCUUGGCAUUCAAUUUGAUCGUUCUGCAAUUCAUUCAAAAUCGUCAUGAACCUAGAAAAGUUUUAAACGAAAAUGCGUUCUAAUUUUUAACUAACACUAUAUAUGCCUUAAAACAAAUUCUUAAUUGAAGUCAACGAAAUAUUUUAUGCGUCAACAUAAUAUUGUUCUCGACAACUGUUCAAAUAAAGUACUUAAACGAAAGAGAGAAUAUCGUCACAUUAAGCUAACUGCUUAUUUUUGGCAACCAAUAUAAAAAUUUGCUUUGAAGUUUCGGUAUCCUAAGCACAAUCCAUUUAGGCCGACUUUCUCUUAAAUAAAGUGUGAGUGUUUAUUAUUUUUCGGUAUUUAAUCGAAUAAGGUAGCAGUAAUGGGAUUAGGAAAGGGAACCUCAGAGCAAUUUUUGAGAUCGCAUUGAACUGGUUUCUAUUUUGAGAUCAACGACGCUUGUUGGAUAUUGGAUUUUACGGAUAUUAUAACUGAAAUCAGUUUCACAACGCAUUACGCUAAGGAAGAGGGAAUUGAAAAACAUAUACUCCAACAGGCGAAAGGUUCAAAGAGACUUUCAACAAAAUGAUAUAGAAACAGAUGAUCAGAUACUCUUUGAAGUCCAAACCUUAUUUUAAAAUCAUAUUUUAACCGGGCUUUCAUCUAUAAAAACUUAAAUCCGUUAUACCGCCGACUGACAAUACUUGUAGACGCUGAAAAUUUCUUGCAACGUUUCAUUGAGCUGGCUAAAAUCAGAUUCUUUCAGAAUUAGUAAUUGAACUACCGCCUACAGCUCGACUUCAUGGCACUAAAAAGCGUCUGCGAAUACUGCAGAACCUAUGAAAGGUAUACGAGUAUUUAUUUAUUUGGUUAGUAAACACUGUGCCACCUGUUUAACUUAUCAAUAAUAUCCGCUGUUAGGAUAGGUAAAUAAUAUUUCAAAGAGCUUUUUCUAUAAAUAUUAUAACAGCACCAGCACUUUUUGGCACAUUUUCCGUAUAACGGUUCGAUGAAAAGGGUCUAAUUUCUCUAGUGAAAAUGUUUAAAACCUUCAGCUGUCGUGUUUUAGUGCUUUUGAUCGCAUACCAAAUCAACAUAUCACAUGCCAUUGGAGUUAUUGGCGGUGUAAAGACAACUAUUACGGAUCAUCCAUAUGUGGUUUCUCUGCAAUUGGCCAACGGCACACAUGUUUGUGGUGGUGCUCUAAUCAAGAAGAAUAUUGUCGUCACAGCUGCACAAUGCUUCGUUUUUCAGGAUCCCGCCCAGCUUUACGUACGUCUUGGCACGGACAGUUAUGCUGCUGAUGGUGAACUUUUAUCAAUUAGUUCUUAUAUAAUCAAUGAGAAUUUCGAUUUUACCACCAUGGACAGUGAUGUGGCGGUAUUGAAGUUGGCGAAAAAUGUAGCGAAAUCAUCAGCGAAGCGUGAAAUAAAAGUGGCUGGAGAAAAACCGAAGACGGACAGAAGUGGCGUGGUAACCGGCUGGAGUCAAAGUCGACAAUUGGAAGAUGUGACCGUGCGCAUAAUUAAUGCAAAGAAAUGCAGAUCCGGCGAAUAUGUUUACAAUAAAGAUGAUAUAACGGAUAACAUGUUUUGCGCUCAGGCCUAUAAUAGAUUCGUCUGCGAUGGUGAACCUGGUAGUCCUUUGGUGUAUAAGAAGAAAUUGAUCGGUUUGGUAUCCUGGGGUUAUGGUUGUGGCAAUGUAGGCAACCCAGCCGUAUACACAAAUGUAAACAAGCUACGGAAAUGGAUCAAGAAGACUAUAAAAAAGUUGUAGGUUGCGAUUUUUCCUGAAUGCAGUGGGGUAAAAAAAAUCAGGAAAAAUUCCAAUAAAUGGGAAAAAUAUAUGUAUGUAAACAGAAUUAAAAAAAUAAAAUUGUUGAUAAUAAAAA